CGCAAGUUGGCAGCUCAAAGAUGAACCGAUCUUCUGCCGGUGGUGGCACGUUUGAUGGAGUAUAUCAAGCGUUUCACGACGAGUGCAACCGAUACGCUAAGCAGAAGAAAAUCAAAAUUAGCCGGAAAACGCCUAAAUUGUAUAGCAUGUCCGCUAGUGAAACCUUCGCCAAAGAAAUGACUUCAGACGGCUUUGAGAAUCUACUAGAUGAGAUUGAUGUCUUUAUUUUUGGUGCGGAUGGGCUGUGCUGGCUCCGUGACGGCGUCAUCACCGAUGCUGCCAACCUUGUAAACUUCUUAAUAGAAGAGAAGAAAGAGGUUUUUGUUUUAACUAACGACUCAACUAACUCUCAGGAAAGUCAUGAGAAAAAGCUCAGACAACAUCGAUUCAAUGCGAAAUUGGACAAGAAACACAUAGUGACACCUGGGCUGCUUGUUGCCGACUACAUCAAAGCUAAUACGUCAAAUAGUAAACAAGCCUACUUGAUCGCUUCUGGUGGUAUCAAGGACGAUUUGAAAGAAAACGGGCUAAACGUGUUCGGAUAUGGUCCGGAUGUUUUACCGCUAUUGGAUGACAAUGAUGAAGACAUUUGUAGAUUGGAACUGGUAGCAAAGCCGGAUGAUGUUGGCGCUGUGAUUGUCGCUCGAGAUAUAGACUUUAGCUAUAAGAAGUUGUUGAAAGCUGCAAACUUCUUGAGAAACUCGAGAUGCCUCUUUCUUGCUACAAAUGACAAUGGAUUUACUAAUGAUAAGAAUGGAAAUCUUAUCAUUCCCGACGCAGGAGCAAUUGCUGCCUCUGUACAAAAGGCGUCAAUGAGAGAACCUGUGUUCAUAGGAAAACCUCACGCAAAUGGCCUUAAAUACAUCAAAAAAUUAAGAGAUACUGAUGAGACAAAAGUGAUGAUGAUCUGUAGCAGCAUCAAGUGCGACGUUAUGUUUGCUCGUAGAAAUGGACUACGCUCCCUUCUCAUUUUGAACGGGAACGGUGAACGGGAAGAACUUGAGAAAAUGCGCGAAAAUCAACGUCAAGACUAUCUUCCCGAUUACUAUGCUACAUCACUAUCCGCUCUUCUGCCCUUAAACAAGUAA